AUGGGCCUCUUCAGCUUCCUCUCUCGGAGAGCUGGGGACAAGAACAAAACCCGCGCCUCUCUGAAGGCCCUUCCCUACGAUUCCAGUGUUUCUGUAGAAACACCCACUUUAGGUGGAUAUUCCGUUGCUGGCAGCAACUCGUUUGCCGAACCACCCUCCCUCUCUCGGGAGCGUUCGACCUUCAGCCAGUCGGUGCUCACUCUAGACACCGACUCCGAAGAUGAGCUGCCGGAUGUUACUCCGAGACCCCCGCGGUUCCAUGACGAGAGCGUUGAGAGGCCGAACACAGCUCCGAGUGACCGUCCGUCCAGCGCUGCCCCUUCGAAUGACGGCUCGAAAGGGGGUGGUCGAAGGAGGCCACCCCCACUCUCGUUCCGCGCCCCACGGGCCGAGAUGGCCGCUCCUGUGCCCCGGCCUGGCUCUCGCGGUUCCAUAAGCAGCAUCACGAGUGUGUUUCGCCGCACUAAAGGCCACUCGCGGGUCAACUCCCGACAGGACGCCAACAGAGCAUUUAAGGAUCUCCUCGAGGCCCAGUCCGAGAUCAAGUCAGCCGACUCGAGGGCGAGGGUACAGGCGGCUGGUGCAAGGAACUACGGCGAGGAUGUUGCCGAGAGGAAUAUGGGGCAGAAUGGCUGCGAUCUUGGGUCGGAGCAUGUCAAGGCCUUUUAUGCCCAGCCAAGAAGGGCUGACUCGGGGGAUUUUCGUUCUCUGCCAGGAGGCAAGAAGCUGGACCCGUACAAGGCGGGCGUCCGGAGAAGGUCGGCGCUUCCGAACCAAUACGCCCUGCCGGCGUAUCCCGCCCCAGAAAGCACGUCAACGGUGAACCCAAGACGGUCUCGUAAGGUGGACCUCGCGCGUCGCCGAUCGGUCAGCACCUACUUGCCGCCAGGCUUGGGGAAGAUAAAGUUCUUGCCGUUCGACCGUACAUCCGCAUAUCUUCGAGACUCCGCGCCGCGAACACCCACGCCGGAAGCCGAGAAAUUGGAUGUUACGGCUGUAGCGGUUGAGUUACCUACCCCGGUCAUGCCCCAGCUGCCAAAGACCACACCGGCUCCGGUGAGUCGCAGUGCGAGAUUCCGUGAUUCCGUCGAGCUCGCAAAAAAGAGAGCCGAAACAUCGGUUCCAGAGGACAGUGUUGCUGAUGACGCGCCCGCAAGCAACUUCGCUGCUUGGUCGGCCAACCGCUCGCGCCGCUCGUCGGCUAUGCUGAUGCCAACCUCGCCUCAGCGCCGGAAUCACAGCUUGUAUACCCUGCGGUCCUCUACCUCGUCUGUUGUCAGCGAGGAGACAGUCCAUACCACUCCGCUUUCUCCCCCAAAAGUAACGCCUGGGGAUCAAGUUCAAGGCGCGGCAGGGAAUCCGGCGCACUCCGCCACCAGGUCUUUUGGAAACAACGAUGCUUCCUCCAUAGCUGGCUCAUCACUAGCAUCCCGUCCCACGACCGCCAAGUCCCAUGAAGGUGCUGAAGUCCCCUCCCCAAAAUUCCUCCCCCUGCUCCCAGUCAAAGGACCAGGCCAUACACCCGACGUCGUCGUAUCGGGCGACCAGGCUCUUGGAUUCCCCCCAUCAAUCCGUACCCGCAGCAUGCGCGGAUGGUCCGCCUCCUCGGGCACACCCACGGCCUGCGAGAGCAGCACCGCCGCGAGCAUAACCACCAGCACCUUCAACCGUCCGCCCUCCCUCCACACAGCGGACACCUCAGUCGACUUCAGCAUCGGCACCACCUCGCCCAAGUUCAAACCGGCACGCUCCUCCACCCGUACCUGCUCCACCGCCCGCGACUCCGACUCGGACGCAGACUCUACAUCCCUCUACGAGACUGCCGCGAACACCCCCUUCCGGCCAGAGUCAACAGAAGUGGGCAGAGCGUUCAACAUCGAAGACUACCUCUCCCCGGAGCCCGACUCGAACACCACCCACGCCAACGAAGACACAACCAUCACCGCCACCACCACCACUGCCCCCAUCAACCCCACAGAACCAGCCUCCGACACCUUCAACAUCGACGACUACCUCUCCUCAGACCCCGAAUCGCUCACAGCCGCAGCAGCCACCACCACCACCACCUCCUCCCCAACCUCCCCAACAAAAACCCAAACCCACACCCCCACCCACCGCCGCCGCCCCACAGCCGAAGGCGAGGAAUACCUCCUCCUCAAAGGCUUCGGCAUCAGCGGGACCCAGCUCCCCGGGAUCGCGGAUCCCUUCCCCCCUCCAUCACCCCUCCUGCCGCCGCCACCACCGCCACGGGAGCGUGGGACGGUCGGGCGGACGAUGCAGCGCCAUAUUCUGUUAGCGUUGCUACUGGGUCUCUUUUUUACAAUUGAGUGGGGAUGGGGUUGGUGGGGUGGGGAAGCGGAGGAUGAGAGGCGUUUUAUCCUGGAUACGGCGGCUGAUGAUGAGACUGCGUCUGACUUGGACGACGACGAAGAGGAGGAGGAGGAGGAGGAGGAGGAGGAUGAGGCGGGUGAUGAAAAGGGGAAUGGACGACGCAACAUCAACAACAACAACAACGGUGCCAUGAAGCUGAGGCUGGGGGAUAUGGAUGACGCGGGAUAUGAGGCCGAUUAUGUCGAGGACGAGUGUGAGUGCGGCGCGCGGCUGCGGCGGCGUCAGAACAGGAAGAAGCGGACUCGGCGGCUGUCGGCGCUGUGUCGGCUGGAAGGCCGUGAAGAGGAGGGGGGUCAAGACGGGGUUCAACUUGGGGAAGAGGAGCGGAAGCAGCAGCAGCUGGAGGAGACUCAAAAAGUCGAGGAAGAGAAGAAGGUGGAGGAUAAGGUGGCGGCUGCCGUGAGGUUGAGGAAGGAGGGAUACCCGGACAAUGGGGAACGGCGGAAUCUGUCCGGGUUUAUGGGGGCUGGCAGAUCUGGAGGAAAGGACUGA